GCAGACAGAGAUGAAUUUAAGCGAAUAACAGUCCGGGAGAAGAUGGACUACAUACCUGUAAACUAAACCGCACUAAACUGGAUCAUGGUUUUGUUACACGGAUUCUGGAUUCUAUUCAUGCUAUUUUCACUGCAAAAUUGUAAUGGUGUACAGGUGAUUGUGAAAGAUGAAAAGAAGUUUGCUAUGCUGUUCUCCUCCAUCGUUCUUCCGUGUCAUUACACCACCCACUCCUCUCAAACCGCCGUGGUGCAGUGGUGGUACAAGUCCUACUGUACAGACCGUACUCGCGAUUCCUUCACAUUUCCUGAGUCCCUGGGAGUCCAUGUAUCUGAUCUGGGAGCCACGUCUCAUCUGGAUUGCUCUGACAACAGCCGCACUGUUCGCAUAGUGGCCUCAGCACAAGGAUCGUCCAUGACCUUAGCAGAGAACUACAAAGGAAGAGACAUUUCCAUCAUUAACAAAGCAGAUCUGCGCAUUGGACAGCUGCAGUGGGGCGACAGCGGUGUGUAUUUCUGUAAGGUGAUCAUUUCUGAUGACCUGGAAGGGAAAAAUGAAGGCCAGGUGGAGCUACUGGUGCAGGGUAGGACAGGUGUGCUGGAUGACAUCCUGCCUGAGUUUGAUUUGGAGAUUAUGCCAGAGUGGGUAUUUGUGGGAGUUGUCGUCCUUGGUAGUGUGCUCUUCCUGUUGUUGGUUGGGAUCUGCUGGUGCCAGUGUUGCCCUCACUCCUGUUGUUGUUAUGUAAGCUGCUGCUGCUGUCCUGAUACAUGUUGCUGUCCAAAACACUUAUAUGAAGCAGGGAAGAUGGCAAAGAGCGGCCAACCUCCUCAGAUUGCCAUGUAUCAACCUUACUACGUUCCUGGUCUUCCUGUGCUUCCUGUGGUCCCUCCAGCCGCACCAUCCAUCAUUGAACCCAAGUUGACUGUAGUGGCUCCUUCAGUAGAAAACAAUAUAGCUGGAGCAGCUGGCAGCCUAUCAGAACUGAGCUCUCUGCAUGACGGUGACGUAGACUUCAGGCAGACCUAUCGACAGGUCCUGAGGAAGGCACUACCACCCAUCAGUGACCACAUGGAUGAGCCGCAUAUUCGAACAGCAUCGAUCGGCCAUAGGCUUCGCCCCUCACAUUAUCAAAGCAAUCACUCUCUGGAUGAGCAUGACAACAGAUGGAACUGUCGUUCUGAGCACCUGCCCCGCAAAGCCUUUGACGCUAGGGGGCGCACAGGGUCACUAGAUGAGCUGGAAGAGUUUGCUAUGUCAUACGGCCCACACGGUCAUCGGAGAGGUGACUUUCGUGGACCUCAGCGAGACUUUGAAAUGGGUCCAAGGUCGCGAGACCAUCCCACAUCUUACCGAGAUGGGCCACGGUAUUCUCGAGGUGAUGAUGACAAUGACGGCUGGCGCCGUCGAGGCUCACCACCUUCCCCGCCAAAAAGGUGCAACACUGCCGACAGCGAGCGUUACCUCGCUCGACAGAGGUCUUAUGACGAUACCUACCUGAACACUCUGCUGGAGCGCAAGGCUAGGGGCCACGGAGAGCGAGGGGGGAGGGUUGAUGAUGACAGUGACACACCUUCAAAAGGCAGUUCCAAGAAGAGCAGUGACUGUUACAACAGCAGGUCACCUAGCCACCGCCCCGAGGAGGAGGAUCCUUUACCUCCGUACUCUGAGAGGGAGGCGGAGAGGUUUAGAACUGAAGAGCAUAUAGGGAGGGAACGGUACAGGACUGCUGAUCCUGCCAUGCGGCCUUUUUCAUACACACGUCCAGCCCAUGGACUGUCCCAUACAUUACAGGAGCGCAGGGAGGACAGGGACAAAUCAAGGAAACUGACCACUCAUCUAAGCAGAGACUCACUAAUUGUGUGACGUCGUCAGACUGAGCUGACAUCAUACUAAUAACAUCACCAUCCAGCUGAAGAGAAAUGCCCCAGACACUAAGUAUCAAUCUGUCAGAAAGACACAUUUUAUGCAGGAUCACACAGACAUGAAGAGCUUGGGAACUUUUGCUGGUCAAGGGCAGGAACGUAGUGUGUGUGUGUUUGUUUUUAUUUUCUGUAUUGAUAAUAAUGUCAAAAAAACUAUUUUCGUAAUUAGUCCUCAGACUACCGCUGCACUAAAAAUAUCUUAGAAAGGACUUUAAAUUGUUCAAAUGACAUUCGAGUGCUUUAAACAUUCCUUGGUAUUUUGUAUAUCUUUAGUACUGUAAUGGGACGCUGUCUCUGAUAUUUCAAUAUUGCCAUUGCCUUUGUUUGCACUGUACUGUACAUUUGUGUCAGUGUUAAUCAGUUGGCUCUCGAGGGAAGCAUGAAUGAUUGUGCUUUUGAUAAUGUGCCAUUUAUUUGUAUUUCA